GCAGGGCCUAUUAGUAGUCGAAGUGCGUCGGGCCUCCAUGGAGCCACUUCCGGCCCAGACCGGAAGUCAUCUAGUUUUGCCCGUGUGUGCAAGGCAUGUCGGGAUGCAGGUCGCCAUGGAGACGAGGCCGGCCGGGCCUAGUGGAAGCAGGGUUGCCGUUCCUUUAGCCUAGGAGGGCAUGGCGGCGGCCGUCGGAGGUGCCUCAAUGCCGCUCCUCCUCCUCGUCGUCCUCCUUCACCUGGGCGGCGGCGGCGGCGGCGGAGGGAGCAGCUGGGACCCCGCCGGAUACCUGCUCUACUGCCCCUGCAUGGGGAGAUUUGGGAACCAAGCUGACCAUUUUCUGGGCGCUUUGGCAUUUGCUAGGAUGGUGAAUCGGACCUUAGCUGUGCCCCCCUGGAUUGAAUACCGAUAUCACAGGCCUCCCUACACAAAUCAGCACGUCCCAUACAAAGAAUACUUCAAGCUGGCACCUCUGCUGAAAUACCACCGGAUCAUCACUUUGGAGGAGUUUAUGGAGAAGCUAGCACCUGUUCACUGGCCUCCUGGCAAGAGAGUGGCCUACUGCUUUGAAGCAGCAGCUCAGAGGAGCAUAGAUAAAAAGUCUUGCCCAAUGAAGGAUGAAAACCCCUUUGGCCCCUUUUGGGAUCAAUUUGCAGUGGAUUUUGAUAAGUCGGAACUCUUUGGAGGCCUUGCCUUUAGUGCCUCCUACAAAGACCACUGGAUCCAAAGGUUUCCACCUGCUGAACAUCCUGUUGUUGCCCUUCCGGGUGCACCUGCCCAGUUCCCAGUUUUGGAGGAGUACAGGUCUUUGCAUCAGUACAUGGUGUGGUCGGAUGAAAUGGUGGAGAAGGGCGAAUCUUACAUCAGUUCGUUCCUGGUCAGACCUUAUGUGGGGAUCCAUUUGCGUGUGGGUUCAGACUGGAAAAAUGCAUGCAAUAUGUUGAAGGAUGGCACAGCUGGGUCCCACUUAAUGGCUUCGCCACAGUGUGUGGGCUACGAUCGGAACACUGCCACACCACUCACCAUGGACAUGUGUUUGCCAGACCUGAAGGAGAUAAAGCGAGCCCUUAAACUCUGGGUGAAGAAGAUAGAGGCAAAGGCUGUUUACAUUGCCAGUGAUUCUGAACCCUACACCAAAGAGAUACAGCAGCUUUUUAAGCAAAAGAUAAAAGUAGUUUAUUUGCAGCCUGAGGUGGCCCAAAUAGACCUGUACAUCCUUGGUCAGUCCAACCACUUCAUUGGAAACUGUGUCUCCUCCUUUACGGCCUUUGUGAAACGAGAGCGUGAUGUGCAUGGGAGACCCUCCUCCUUUUUUGGCAUGGAUUACCCACCCAGACUGCGAGAUGAACUGUAGUCUGCAGGGAAAGAAAUAAGGCAGGAUCCAUUGUUGACACCCAACUGGGAUCAGCACAAAUCCCCGUCGGAAGCAAGUACUGUUUGUAUUUGGUUGGGUUUGCUGCUAUAUUCUACUGAUUCAUCCUGGUUGCAAUUACCAGUAUAUUACUAACAUGCAGCCUAAAAGGAGUAGAGGAUGACUUUCCCACCAUAUUCCCUUCUCUCAUAUCUGUGGUUGAAUUGGCCAGUCUACUCACUGCUUUCCUACGUUUCCCUCUUCCCCUUUCUUUGCUGCCUUACUACCUCUUCUGGAACUGGUGGCUCAUCUGGUGCUUGAUUUUAAUGCACAGUAUUGUCAUGGCACCAGGAAUAAUCAGGAAAAAAGGAAGAGUUCAGAGCUUCACAACCAAGAACAAUAAUUUUCAUUCUAAAUCAUGCAACGUAACUGACUAACUUGUUUCCUGUGAUUCUGCAAAAUAGAUCCAAUCCUCAUUUGCCCUGCUGAGAGCAGGGAAGCAGAGAACGUAUUUGUGAUCAUGUGUGACAUAUUUUAGGGUCUUCAGAGCAGUGUUAGUCGGAAGAACACUGGUGUCCUCUGGACCAGCAGCUGUGUCUGCAGCAAUCCAGGUCCCAGCACUUCUGCUACUUGAGUGGAUGGAAUUACAUAAAAAGCAAACAAUUCAUAUUAUAAAAGAGCCUUUUCAGCAGUUUUGUAUGUUACAGUAAUGACAUCCUACAUAAUAUAGAAAACAAAUAAUCCCCUUAAAAUACCAUAAUAGUUCUGAAUGAAAAUAUUAUGCACCUCUAUUGGACAUAUUUAGCAGAGAAUGCAGUAUAUAUUUUACAAGUUGGGUCAUCGGUCUCCUGCAAAUCUAAUCUGACUUCCAUCUUGAAACAAUUUUGUUCUUGUAUAAGCAGUCAAGAACAGAGAAGUGGCCUUUUUAGUGAGUAUUCACCUUCUGCUGAUCCACAUUCUUUGGAAUCUUUUUUAUAUUCAAAAACUGUGAAUUUGUAAAGAGCUACAAAAUAAAUAACCACUCAGUCUGCUUUUAAAACAGUCUUGAUUUUAAAACAGACCUUUUUUUAAAAAAUGGAUCAGUUUCUGAAAUUUUGAUAGAGAGUUCACUCUACAUCUGAGCGACGUCCGGUGAAAUACCUAUAGCACUUUCUACAGACUAAAUGUCAGCCAGCAGACUUCUGUCAAGUUGUCUGUUUCUUGUUAUGUUACCCAUCAUGCCAGUAGCAAAGUAACACAUUUUCUGAUUCUGAGCGUUGUCUGACAAGCUGGCCUGGUUGUGGAAUGCAUACACUGACAAUCCUCCCUUGUGUCGAAGUCUCUGUAUUGUUACUGCACACUAAUAACUCAUACUCAGAGCUCUUUACUUGAUUUACUUGCUUUAUUUAAUGUGACUUGUAUAUAUAGCAUUUCUAGUAUCCCUGCAUCAUUUUUAUAGGUGUUGCAUUGCCACUGAAAUGUUUACUUUUUGGUAGCAUCACCACAGUGUAGCAGUUUGAGCAUUGGAGAACAGGAUUUGAAUUCCCACUCAGCCACAGAAACUCACUGGAUGACUUUAGGCAAGUCACACACUCUCAGCCUCAGAGGAAGGGAAAGGCAAACCCUCCUGAGCAAGCCUUGUCAAGAAAACCCCAUGAUACACUUUGGUUUAGGGUCACAAUAGGCCAGAAAUGAUUUGAGCAACAACAAAUGACAGCCUCUGUUUUUUCCUUUAGUAUGUGUAGUCUGACCCACUACACAAUCUUGCAAAUACUAACAACUUCAUGAAUCACAAAAAGGUCACGUUUCUUAUAAUACCAGCACAGCUUUGGCCUCAGAAAAAGGAUAUUGUACAGCUAGAAAAGAUGCAGAAUGGGGAGACUAAAAUGAUCAGGAGACUAGAGCAACAAUCCUAGGAGGAAAUGUUACUGUGUUGAGGCUCUUGUUUCUAAGCUACACAAGAAUCUCUAAAGUGCCAUAGUAGUUCAGUCAGCAACAGGGAGACAAUUGUUCUACAUUUUAUUUCCCCUGUAAGCAAAGGGACUUUGCAAAUAAUUCCCUUGAUGGAUCAGACGGAGUCUGUUGUAACCCAGGAUUCUGUUCUCAGCUGGAGCUGGCCAUAAACAGACCAAAUCCAGGCCCAUAUCUAUUUCCACCAUGGUACUGUAUAUAUACAAUUAUUUUUCCAUUGAAAAUAAAGAUUCUGAUUAGCUAUCGUUCCUAACUGCCAUUGAUAGACCUAUCCUCUUUCAUUUUGCCAAAUACCUGCUUGAGGCCUGUUAAACCAGUGGACAGGUUCACAUCUUGUGAAAACAAUCUCUAUAAAUUUAGGUUGGGUAGUGUGUGUCUUGGCAAUCUUACUCCAUGUUAAAAUGUUAGAACACUCAUCUUCAGAUUUGUGAGACCACAUUCCCUUUUAGCCAUCUCAUCUCUAAAGCAGAAGCACUCAUAUUUAUCAGCUUCUUAAUUCUGGGUGUGAGUUCUGCUGUAGCAAAAGAGAGUCUGGGUUUGGCCCUAAAUAUAACGUGUCUGCAGACUGUUAAAUCAGUGGAAGAAAAUGCCAAGGUCUUUAUUCAAAUGUUGCUAAAGAAUGGCAUGUAUUUCAAUGAUGACCACCCACCACUUUGUCUCCCGGUCUGGGGAAAAGGCACCAAAUAAUCAAGUAAAAUAAUACAAGCUCCUCGCAGUGACUGACUGCAUUUGCGCCACGAGGUGGGAAUGGCUCUUACAUAAUGUCCCCAUCCCACUCCGGAAAUUCUAGGUAUGGUUCCACAAGCACUGGCUGGAAGACAUUGUGGUGUGUUUGGGCUGUGUAUUAUAUCAGAAGCCAUAUUAUAAUUUUUUUAAAACCAGCAAAUGUACAGAAAAUAACUUUGUAUUCUUUUUUACAAUAAAACAUUAGACUACUU